AUGCGGCUGCCCUACGCCCCUUCCACUCCUCCUGCCGAUGCGCCUGCCGACACCGCUGGCAUUUAUGCUCGCAUCGCGGAGCGUAGAAACCCUCGCCCUUUGAUCCCACUGGAUCUCUCUCUCCUUCACAGUCCACCGGUGGCCGAUGGCUGGAACAGCUUUAUCGGAGCUAUCCGGUCGCGUACUCUGGUUGACUCUGGUAUCAUGGAGCUGGCAGUCUGCCGUGUCGCCGUACUGAACAACGCUACUUACGAAUGGAAUGCCCACGCCCCAUUGGCUCUGAAAGGGGGUAUCACGCCUGAUCAAUUGCAUGCUGUGCGUACACUGCCUUCAACUGCCGAGGGGAACAUUACCGAGCUCGAGAGUAGCACACUCACCCCGCAACAACGUGCUGUGUUACGCUAUACGGACCAGAUGACUCGCACGAUCACAGUCCAGGAUGCAGUUUUUGCUGAAUUGAAGACGGUGGGAUACAACGACCGGGAGAUCGUGGAGCUCACCACCGGUAUCGCCGGCUACAAUUGUGUGAGUCGGUUCUUGGUUGCGCUGGACGUGGGCGAGAAUAAUGACCGGGAGAUGAAGAGCGUGGAAGAGUUGGUGAAGUCUCUGUAA